AUGGCAUCCCUAUCAGGCUUGCAGGGGGCUGGAUCCAAGGCAAAUCCGCCUGGAGAGAGUGCGAAGGAGCAGUAUCUCGGGGAUGCGGGAGGCGGUGAUACUGGUGAUAAGGCUGGAAAGCACACCGAAAGUUCAACUCCGUCAUCAUCAACCGAGACAACUCGCACAUCCGAUCCUCUCAAAGGUGUCGGAUCGGCAGAUGUAGAGGACACGAGUGGUGUCGGAGACCCAAAGAAUGAGACGGAGAGGUCCUUCGUCGAGGGCACCAAGAAGGGGGAUCGCUUAGUUUCUUAG